AUGGAAAAUCUCAGUGAAGGCAGCUUAUUUUGCAAGGCUAAAUCUGUUGUUUCAACUCUUUUUGGAAUCAUGAUAUGGAAAUCAGCGUCACCAUCUCCUAUGCGAUUCCCAAGUGAAUGGCCAGCCUAUUCUGGUCUGAAAACCCUGUUACUUCACUCACGAGGACCUGAUCAAAACCUAACUCAUAAAUGCUACACUCUUCAUUCCUAUAUGAUAUCUGCACCUUCACCACCAUCGUGGUCUACUUCUCCACCUCUAGUUCGAUUGCUCACUAGUUCCUCAUCAUACUCCUCUUGUUCUUCUGCAUUGGAUGAUUUGAUUGGGACUGAGAGUGGUGUUUACAUGAACGCCAAUAUUGUAGAAGAAGCUGCACAAAUGGAGAAGCUAGAAUCUUAUCAUCACCAAGACAAGAGAAAACAGCGUUAUGCGACGAGAAAGAAAUAUCCUCCACCUAUACCCUUACUUGCAAGAACGGGGAAUUUGCCUGGUCAAAUGCCUUGGAUUUUAACUAGGCACUACAUCGAUGGAAGGCUGGUCCUUGUAGAAGAGAGAGUGAAGAAUCGUGAGUAUUUUGAAGCACAGAGAGAAAAUGGUCGUCUCGUUUUGAAUAUUGUACCCUUGGACGAUAAGACAAUAUGUUCCCAUUUUGUUUCUAAAAAUGAAAAGGAUAAAGAGCUUCAAGAUGUUGAUUUUCUUGGGAAAAACUCAGAUCAGCAAUUCGAUGAAGAAGAAGAAGGAAGAGAAGCAUAUCAAGACAUUGAACUUUCAAGUGAUGAUGAUGUUGGUAAUUUGGAAGACACAGUCGCGGUGGAUGAUGAGGUAACACAUGAGAAAUCAGUGACAGCAUCUGCUUCUUUGCCUAAAUCAAGUUUGAAGAAUGGGAGUAAGAAGUCUGGAGAUCUACGCAAGUGUUCUACUUAUGCGGGUAGGAUGAUAUCGGGCAUUAAUCUACCUUGCAAUGCUAAUGCCCAUCGAAAUGCUGGCGAAUGUGUGAAUAAUAUUCAUGAUCACCCGGGCAAGGAGGAAAUGGGGCUCAUGCAUCUCGUACACUAG